AUGGUCCACUGCGCCGGCUGCGAGAGGCCUAUCCUGGACCGCUUUCUCCUCAACGUGCUGGACAGAGCCUGGCAUGUCAAGUGCGUGCAGUGCUGCGAGUGCAAAUGUAAUUUGACAGAGAAAUGUUUUUCUCGAGAGGGAAGACUGUACUGCAAAAAUGAUUUCUUUAGGCGGUUCGGCACUAAGUGUGGCGGUUGUUCGCAGGGCAUCUCUCCAAACGACUUGGUCCGGAGGGCCCGGAGCAAAGUGUUUCACCUCAACUGCUUCACCUGCAUGAUGUGCAAUAAGCAGCUCUCCACCGGCGAGGAGCUCUACAUCAUAGACGAGAACAAAUUCGUUUGCAAAGACGAUUACCUAAACAACAGCAGUGUAAAAGACACCAACCUCCUCUCAGACCAGCUACAGGACGACGUGGUCUUAAAGGACACGGAGAUAGCCGCCCUGUCCGACAAGGAAACGGUUAAUAAUGAGAACGAUGACCAGAACCUGGGCGGGAAGCGACGCGGCCCGCGGACCACCAUCAAGGCCAAGCAGCUGGAGACGCUGAAGGCGGCGUUCGCUGCCACCCCCAAACCCACCAGACACAUCAGGGAGCAGCUGGCCCAGGAGACCGGCCUCAACAUGAGGGUCAUCCAGGUCUGGUUCCAGAACCGUCGUUCCAAAGAGAGGCGCAUGAAGCAGCUGAGCGCGCUGGGCGCCCGGAGGCACGCGUUUUUCCGGAGCCCUAGGCGGAUGAGGACGCUGGUGGACCGGCUGGAGCCCGGGGAGCUCAUCCCCAACGGGCCCUUCUCUUACUAUGGAGAUUAUCAAAGCGAGUACUACGGCCCGGGAGGGAACUAUGACUUCUUCCCUCAGGGGCCUCCAUCGUCGCAGGCCCAGACCCCAGUCGAUCUCCCCUUCGUGCCCUCCUCAGGCCCCACGGGCACCCCUCUCGGAGGUAUGGACCACCCCCUGCCUGGCCACCACCCCUCCAGCGAAGUGCAGCGUUUCUCCGAUAUCAUGUCCCACCACCCGGGGGACUCUCCCAGCCCGGAGCCUGGCAUCCCGGGGCCCCUGCACAGCAUCUCCUCUGAGGUGUUCGGCCCUAGCCCGCCCUUUACCUCACUGUCGCUGAACGGCAGCGGAUACAACAACCACCUGUCCCACCCGCCCUCGGAAAUGAACGAAGGCACCGUGUGGUAGCUUUUCGAGAGAGCAGACUCUACUGGCGAGAGAUUCGGUAACGGAGGGUGGUGAGGUUUGGUGGUGUUGGGGGCUGGGUCAAGAACAGGCACAUGGAUAUUGACAGGGUUAGGGCAAUGCCAUUGAAUCAUAAUUUUUUUGUGAUUUCAUAUUUAUUUAUUUAUUUUCCCAUUUGAUUUGUUGAUCUUUUGUGGGGAAAGCGUAUCUGGCAUAAAAAUUAUGCUCAAAAACAUUUUCUUCAGUAUUGUGUUUGGGUGUUUCAAUUGCUUCAUUUGCCCCCACCCUGAAUCCAAAACUGGACUUACAGA